UGAGGUUAUCGAGUUGGACGAUGAAAUCACCCUAGAAACUUACUCUGACGAUGAUUCAUCAAAUCAUGAAGAUGAGGUAGAUGAUCCAAGGGUUACGCAUCAUUGGUCAUAUAGGUCACGUAAAAACUUCCAUAGUUCUCGUGAUAAAGGCGAAAUCAAAAAUAAAAAAGUUAUAAAACAAUAUGAACCAAAGUUGCCAGGAAUCGCAUCUUCCGUUGAAAAUGUUUUGGAGAUUUCAUCAGCAUCAGCAUAUGAUAUACGUGUGGAUAUACCACCACGGACGAGAAUUCGUGAUGCAUAUAUUUCAUCAAGUUUUACUAAGCCUCCAAUAUAUUUUUGCACAGAAGAAGAGUGCCUGGAUAAGCUUUUAAAUAACGAAGAUGAUAAUAUAAGCGAUGAUUCUUACCUUAGAUUUGAUCUCAAUGAUUUUAUCAUAUAUGAUAACACCGAUGAAAUUAUCGAUCCUUGGAACAGAGGAAGACAACAGCAAAUUUUUUGGGAUGGUUUUAUCAUAGAGGGUGAAGAAAAUAUGAUGU